AUGGGUACCUACGACAAAUCUAUCAGCAGUGGCAGCUCCUCAUCAUCCAAACCACCGGAUCAGAUCGACAGCCUCUUAUCCGGUGCCGGGUACAAGGUCCGUUCAUCGGAGCUCCGGACAGUCGCCCAAAGUCUCGAACGACUCGAUAAUGUCUUGGUCAACAACUACCUGGAGAUCUCUCAUCAUCUUUCAAACGAUGCCAUUCACUACAACCCUUCGGAUCUUUUCUCUUGGGUCGACUCAUUACUCUCCGAAUUCAACCAACCUGUACCCAUGCCCGAUCAAUCAACUCUGUCGGAUCCAGCUUAUGUUAAUACUCUAGUGGUCCCUACUUUGGAUCCCACGGUGAAUGCUGGGGUGUGGACAGAGCACCAUGCAGCUCCGCAACACGGGAUACAACAACAGUUAACGGUGGUAACGGCGAUGGAAGAAGAUCCCGGCAUUCAAUUGGUCCACGUGUUGAUGACAUGUGCUGAUACUAUCCAACGUGGCGAGUUAUCAUUGGCUGGGACAUUAAUUGAGAAAUUACAGGAUUUGUUGACACGUGUAAAUACCGGAUUUGGCAUGGGAAAAGUCGCCGGCUACUUCAUCGAGGCCCUAAGCCGGCGGCUUUUUUCAACGCUGCUCUACACAAACCGCUCGGUUUAUGAGAGUGAAUUUUUGUAUCAUAAUUUCUAUGAAGCUUGCCCCUACUUAAAAUUUGCUCAUUUUACGGCAAAUCAAGCGAUAUUAGAAGCAUUUGACGGUCAUGAUUGUGUCCACGUCAUCGACUUUAGCUUUAUGCAAGGCUUACAAUGGCCAGCCUUAAUACAAGCCUUGGCCCUACGUUCUGGUGGGCCUCCUUUUCUCAGAUUAACCGGCAUUGGCCCACCAUCAUCCGACGGUCAUGAUUCGCUUAGUGAAGUCGGACUUCGGCUAGCUGAGUUGGCUCGGUUCAUGAAUGUUCGAUUUGUCUUCCGUGGUGUGGUGGCUUCACGGCUUGAUGACAUCAAGCCAUGUGAGUUACAAGUCAAUCCAAAUGAAGCCGUGGCUAUAAAUUCAAUAAUGCAGCUUCAUAGAUUACUCAAUUCAAAUUCAACCCAUAAUUCAUCAAUCGAUUUUGUUCUAGCAUGGAUUCGGAAUUUGAACCCAAUAAUCAUGACAGUGGUGGAGCAAGAGGCAAACCAUAACCAACCGGAGUUUUUUGACCGGUUCACUGCAGCUUUGUACUACUACUCAACACUAUUUGACUCACUUGAAGCUUGCUCGGCUCAGCCAGAGAAAGCCUUAGCCGAGAUGUAUAUACAGAGGGAGCUAUGUAAUGUGGUGUGUUGUGAAGGCUCGGCUAGGGUGGAGAGACAUGAGCCGCUGGCUACGUGGAGGGUUCGGCUAAGUGGAGCCGGCUUCAAGCCGUUGCAAUUAGGGUCUAAUGCAUUCAAACAAGCCAGUAUGUUGUUGACUCUGUUUUCAGCUGAGGGGUAUUGUGUGGAAGAGAAUGAAGGGUGUUUGACACUCGGCUGGCAUAACCGGCCUCUCAUUGCGGCUUCGGCUUGGCAAGCUGUGGCUGAGCCAAGGCCUCCACUUGAGCACUAA